AUGUUAGAUACUCUUUACAUUUCCCAACGGGCAGCAAACGCUAUAGUAGCCGACGUUGCUCCUUAUCGAAUUUCCGCUGAAGCUUUACUAGCAAUAAACACCUUUAUCGAUGAAUUCUUAUAUUUUAUCAUAGACUCGGCAAAGUCUUUGGAUUUGGUUAAAAUAAAACAAUCAAUUUCUCAGGUGAUACCCACAACAUUGGGAAAAAAUGCUGUGCAAGAAGCUGAACUUGAACUAAAAACUUAUGUGGAAAGCGGAAAUUCGGAUAGUACUCUAGAAAAAACCAUAGAGAUCACACCUUUUCCUCUACCAAAAGUUUUUGAACAAUUCCGUGCUAAAUGCCAAUUUUUUAGUACUUUAGGGGAACGAGGGAUUGAUGAACGUGAUUCAAAAAUGGCUCCUAAUUUAUAUGCUAAUGAAGGAAUUCAUAUAGCUCCUAGUUUAGCUAUUUAUUUAACUGCUGUUUUGGAAUAUGUUGGUGAACAUAUAUUAAUUUUGGUGGCUAAAGCUACGGAAAAAUCAGGUACUGGCGUGGCUAAAUUAAAGGAAGUUUAUACCGCUUUGGUCGAUGAUAAUCAGAUAAGAGCCGUAUUUCGACGAACUAGUCUUAAGUUAGAAUUGGAGGAGAAAUUACAAAUUAAAACUCCGGCAUCUCCAAUAUCCCCUAAAUAUGCAAACUCUGAGUCUAUAAAAUCACCUAGAUUCGCAAACAUUUUAUAUGAAGAAGAAAGUUUACUUCGAUCACAAACUUCAAUUAAUAAUGGAAGACCAUUAUCUGAUGGCGUCACGCAAAGCACUAAAAAUCCUUCUCCAAGGUCUCCAGAUAGUGAUAGUUUUGAAUUUAAUAUGAGGUCAACGAAGAGUAUGCAAAGUUUACAAUAUUCUGGUGAGAAAGAUGAAAUAAGAAGCUACUCUAGAGCGGCGAGAAACUUUGAAAAUUUACUCGAAAAAAACAACAAUCAAACGGUCAAAAUUUCUUUAACUCCAAAUAGAAUUAAAACAAUUGAGACUCAUAAAAGGCAACCUAAAUUUGAACCGCGUGAGCCAGUGAAAAAAUCAAAAAAACAAGAAAGCCUUUAUGAAUUUUUAAAAAAUACUGAUCCGGACGAUAUUUUUGGUGAUUCAAAAAUUAGAAAAAAAGAUUCAAAAGUGGACCUCAUUCAAAGACGUGGAAAGGAUAGAUUGAAUUAUUUACCUGAAUCUCCGACAACUCCUACCAAUAAAUCCAAUAAACCUCGUUAUAUUCCUCUAAUUCCUCCUGGAACUGAUAUUAGUAGUAUAACUUCUUCUAUUUCUCAACCUGAAUAUUCUUCGAUUCAUAGUAGCAAAUCUAUGGAUCAAUCUAAUGAUAAUUAUUAUAAUAAUUCUGCGGCAAGCAGGAGCACUGGUCAUCUUCAAAAUGGUAAAAAAUCCGUUCCCGUAAAACUAAAACCGAGACCUGAACCAUUACUUUUAGAUGAUGAUGAUGAGAUAUUUUAUUCUGAUGGUCAAAAACGUUCAAAACGACGUACUCAAACUCAAGAUCUAAUAGAUUUCUUAAAUUCGUCUCCACCAAAAGAUAAAGUUAUAUCUUCUCCAAUAAAAACUUCUCCCGAAACUACUAAAAAAUCUGAAAAGAAAUUCAAGAAAUUCUUUUCUAAAUUGAUGAAAUCACCGUCGAAUGAAGAUCUAGAUAAUCAUACCUCUAAUUAUAGACCAAUAACUCCAAGUACUCCUAAUAGUUACAUUUCAACUACGAGUACUUUGGUUAAUAAUAAAUCUCAACCAAAAUAUGUCAAGAUUCAAAUCCCUCAAUUACCUGCAAAAGAAACUCAGGAACAAAGUAUUUAUGAUCAAGUACAAAUUCAAGGAAGACAUGCUCGUCAAACUUCUCGUAAUAGUUUAACUGGUUCUACUCGUACUCAAUCUCCAAAUAAAUCAAUGUUUUCACCUCAUACUUCAAUGACUGGUACAUUGAGUAGUCCAACCAUUGAUGAAAAUGCUGAACUUGGAAAUUAUUAUGAUGAUGAUGAACAUUUCAAUAAACCUAUUAACGUUCGACAACGAUCUCCUCCACUUUCACCAUCAAAAUCUAAUAAUCUUAAUAAUCUUAAUAAUUUUGUCAACAAUAAUACUACUAUCAAUGGUAAUACUGUCAAUAAUAAUAUUAUCAAUAGUAAUAUCGUCAACAAUAAUAUCGUCAACAAUAAUGUUACCAACAAUUAUAACGUCAACGGUAAUAUUGUCAAUAAUAAUACCGUCAGUAAUAGCAUCAUCAAUAACAAUAAGAAAGAAAUUACAAUGACGACAGUUCUCCCUAAUGACAACAAUAGGAAGGCAACUACGGUGACGAGAGAGGUUCUUCCUAAUAAUAACAAUAAGAAAUCACCUACACAAUUUGAGCAACAAAAGAAUGUAGUUGAACCAAUAACAACUACCACCAUUACUACAGUUUCAAAUAGUAAUCAACAACAAAAGAAAUCUCAAAUACAAUCUGAACAACAGAAAGAUGUAGUUAAAUCAUUACCUAUAAAAUCCGAUGAUCAAUCUAAACGGUCGAUUACACCUACUGCUUCAGAUAAUAAUAAUUUACAACCAAAGAAAACACAACCUGAACAACCAAAGAAUUUAGUUAAACAAUUAUCUUCUGAACAAAUGACAAAAGUCGCUACAAAAACUACUAUUACUGCUGUUAAUAAACAACCAACAAAAAUCACUAUCACUAAACAACCAACAAAAACUAUUACUAAUAUCGAUAAUCAAAAGAAACCAGAACAACAAACAAAAGUUACUACUGAUACUACCGUUAAAGUAGUAGAUCAAAUAACACCUGCUUCAGAUAAACCAAUAGAUACUAAAGAUAAAUCUUUAGUAAAGAUUAAUGAGAAGUCAGAUAACUUUAUGCAUGAACUAAUUUACGCUGAAAGUGAGCAAAUUUCAUCAGAAACCAAAGAACCUGAUCAAAUAAUUAUUAUAGAAGAAAUAGAUGAAUCUGAAGAGGCGUUAAUAGCUGAAUGGUUAAUUGGUACUGGUUUAACAUUUAAAAAAGUUAGACCUAUUGUAGUUGAUGUUCAAAUUUCGGAGAAUACCGAAUAUGAUGUAGGUCUUAAAUCAGAUGAUCCUACUCAUCUAGGACAAAGAAAUAAUAGUUUACAAGUUGAUGCUUGUUAA